CGCGCGCACUCCACGGGGGCGCGCCGGGCCGGCGGGGCCGCGCACGCAGCCGCCGCCACCACUUCCCCAUCUCCCUCCCUCCUUGCGGGCCCUCCUCCCCUUCCCUCCCCUCCGCCCCCUUCCCCGUAGGCAGCCCGCCCGCCAGUCCGCCCGCACCGCCUCCUUCCCAGCCCCUAGCGCUCCGGCUGGGUCUCUCCCCCGCCCCCCAGGCUCCCCCGGUCGCUCUCCUCCGGCGGUCGCCCGCGCUCGGUGGAUGUGGCUGGCAGCUGCCGCCCCCUCCCUCGCUCGCCGCCUGCUCUUCCUCGGCCCUCCGCCUCCUCCCCUCCUCCUUCUCGUCUUCAGCCGCUCCUCUCGCCGCCGCCACCGCCUCCACAGCCUGGGCCUCGCCGCGAUGCCGGAGAAGAGGCCCUUCGAGCGGCUGCCUGCCGAUGUCUCCCCCAUCAACUACAGCCUUUGCCUCAAGCCCGACUUGCUGGACUUCACCUUCGAGGGCAAGCUGGAGGCCGCCGCCCAGGUGAGGCAGGCGACCAAUCAGAUUGUGAUGAAUUGUGCUGAUAUUGAUAUUAUUACAGCUUCAUAUGCACCAGAAGGAGAUGAAGAAAUACAUGCUACAGGAUUUAACUAUCAGAAUGAAGAUGAAAAAGUCACCUUGUCUUUCCCUAGUACUCUGCAAACAGGUAUGGGAACCUUAAAGAUAGAUUUUGUUGGAGAGCUGAAUGACAAAAUGAAAGGUUUCUAUAGAAGUAAAUAUACUACCCCUUCUGGAGAGGUGCGCUAUGCUGCUGUAACACAGUUUGAGGCUACUGAUGCCCGAAGGGCUUUUCCUUGCUGGGAUGAGCCUGCUAUCAAAGCAACUUUUGAUAUCUCAUUGGUUGUUCCUAAAGACAGAGUAGCUUUAUCAAACAUGAAUGUAAUUGACCGGAAACCAUACCCUGAUGAUGAAAAUUUAGUGGAAGUGAAGUUUGCCCGCACACCUGUUAUGUCUACAUAUCUGGUGGCAUUUGUUGUGGGUGAAUAUGACUUUGUAGAAACAAGGUCAAAAGAUGGUGUGUGUGUCCGUGUUUACACUCCUGUUGGCAAAGCAGAGCAAGGAAAAUUUGCGUUAGAGGUUGCUGCUAAAACCUUGCCUUUUUAUAAGGACUACUUCAAUGUUCCUUAUCCUCUACCUAAAAUUGAUCUCAUUGCUAUUGCAGACUUUGCAGCUGGUGCCAUGGAGAACUGGGGCCUUGUUACUUAUAGGGAGACUGCAUUGCUUAUUGAUCCAAAAAAUUCCUGUUCUUCAUCCCGCCAGUGGGUUGCUCUGGUUGUGGGACAUGAACUCGCCCAUCAAUGGUUUGGAAAUCUUGUUACUAUGGAAUGGUGGACUCAUCUUUGGUUAAAUGAAGGUUUUGCAUCCUGGAUUGAAUAUCUGUGUGUAGACCACUGCUUCCCAGAGUAUGAUAUUUGGACUCAGUUUGUUUCUGCUGAUUACACCCGUGCCCAGGAGCUUGACGCCUUAGAUAACAGCCAUCCUAUUGAAGUCAGUGUGGGCCAUCCAUCUGAGGUUGAUGAGAUAUUUGAUGCUAUAUCAUAUAGCAAAGGUGCAUCUGUCAUCCGAAUGCUGCAUGACUACAUUGGGGAUAAGGACUUUAAGAAAGGAAUGAACAUGUAUUUAACCAAGUUCCAACAAAAGAAUGCUGCCACAGAGGAUCUCUGGGAAAGUUUAGAAAAUGCUAGUGGUAAACCUAUAGCAGCUGUGAUGAAUACCUGGACCAAACAAAUGGGAUUUCCCCUCAUUUAUGUGGAAGCUGAACAGGUAGAAGAUGACAGAUUAUUGAGGUUGUCCCAAAAGAAGUUCUGUGCUGGUGGGUCAUAUGUUGGUGAAGAUUGUCCCCAGUGGAUGGUCCCUAUCACAAUCUCUACUAGUGAAGACCCCAACCAGGCCAAACUAAAAAUUCUAAUGGACAAGCCAGAGAUGAAUGUGGUUUUGAAAAAUGUCAAACCAGACCAAUGGGUGAAGUUAAACUUAGGAACAGUUGGGUUUUAUCGGACCCAGUACAGCUCUGCCAUGCUGGAAAGUUUAUUACCAGGCAUUCGUGACCUUUCUCUGCCCCCUGUGGAUCGACUUGGAUUACAGAAUGACCUCUUCUCCUUGGCUCGAGCUGGAAUCAUUAGCACUGUAGAGGUUCUAAAAGUCAUGGAGGCUUUUGUGAAUGAGCCCAAUUAUACUGUAUGGAGCGACCUGAGCUGUAACCUGGGGAUUCUCUCAACUCUCUUGUCCCACACAGACUUCUAUGAGGAAAUCCAGGAGUUUGUGAAAGAUGUCUUUUCACCUAUAGGGGAGAGACUGGGCUGGGACCCCAAACCUGGAGAAGGUCAUCUCGAUGCACUCCUGAGGGGCUUGGUUCUGGGAAAACUAGGAAAAGCAGGACAUAAGGCAACGUUAGAAGAAGCCCGUCGUCGGUUUAAGGACCACGUGGAAGGAAAACAGAUUCUCUCUGCUGAUCUGAGGAGUCCUGUCUAUCUGACUGUUUUGAAGCAUGGUGAUGGCACUACUUUAGAUAUUAUGUUAAAACUUCAUAAACAAGCAGAUAUGCAAGAAGAGAAAAACCGAAUCGAAAGAGUCCUUGGCGCUACUCUUUUGCCUGACCUGAUUCAAAAAGUCCUCACGUUUGCACUUUCAGAAGAGGUACGUCCACAGGACACUGUAUCGGUAAUUGGUGGAGUAGCUGGAGGCAGCAAGCAUGGUAGGAAAGCUGCUUGGAAAUUCAUAAAGGACAACUGGGAAGAACUUUAUAACCGAUACCAGGGAGGAUUCUUAAUAUCCAGACUAAUAAAGGCGCAGUGGCUCACGCCUGUAAUACCAGCACUUUGGGAGGCCGAGGUGGGUAGAUCACCUGAGGUCGGGAGUUCGAGACUAUCCUGGCCAACAUGCUAUCAGUGGAGGGAUUUGCAGUUGAUAAAAUGGCUGGAGAGGUUAAGGCUUUCUUCGAGAGUCACCCAGCUCCUUCAGCUGAGCGUACCAUCCAGCAGUGUUGUGAAAAUAUUCUGCUGAAUGCUGCCUGGCUAAAGCGAGAUGCUGAGAGCAUCCACCAGUACCUCCUUCAGCGGAAGGCCUCACCACCCACAGUGUGAAUCCUGAGGUGCCGCCAUUGGCGGUUCUGCUGCUUCGCUGCAGGGAUAAGGUGGAGCUACCGAACAGCUGAUUCGUAUGCCAAGAAUUUGGAGUCUUCUUUCAAACCAGUGGGGGUUGGACAAUGAAUGUAGUUAACUGGUUCCUGCUCACACUCCAGAAUUAAAUUCUAUUGAAAAAGGAAAAUCAGCAAUUCAGCAAAAAAUAAAUAAAAAAUUAAAAUGUAAAUACGAUAGUAAUAAAAUAGAGCAUAACGAAACUGUGAAACUUUCUGAAGCCUUGUCAGUGGUUAAAAGUAUUUAACACUCUACUGUUAAUGACAGAUGUUCUGUUUUUAUAACCUACCAAAAGGAAACUAGAGGCUUCUUGGUGAAGAGCAUUUUUGUGAAGUGGGUUCUGCAAGGAGCCUAUAAAGCCAAGGGUGGUGUCCAUUUCUGGGAAUGGUUAAACACAAAAGGCUGAUAGCUGGUAUAACAUAGUUGGAGUCAGUGCAUAAUUCCAAGUGGCUUUUUUUUUUUUUUGGCACGGGGACUGAUCAGGAAGAUAUAUUCCUGCAUAACUCAAUCUGAACCAAGGAUUGUAGUUUAGUUUUCCUCCUUGCCUUCCCUUCUGUGUGACCGACCCCUUGGCCAAAAAAACAAAAAACAAAAACCUACCCUGUUCUGGUUUUUUUCCUCCCUUUAGUUCCACCCCCAACCCGCAUUCCCUGGUGUCCAUCUUAGAGAUGAAGAAAUAAUAAGGAAACAUCUUUCAUAGCCACAUUAAAUAAGAGAAACUGAUAUACAUUAUUUUUUUUCUUUUUAAAGAUGACUUAUAAGAACCCUGAAAUUUAUAUAGGUGAGACAAUAGAAAUAAAAAGAUCUUCAGCCAGGCCUUUCUGAAGGAGUUAUUCUGCUAAAAAUGGUCUUAGUUGUCUGACAAGCCAGCUCUUGAACCUCUUCACAACAGUAUCAACACUGGCUUCUCCUGGUUCAUUUUAUGCGUGCGAGAAGUCAGUGGUAACUGCUGCAGGGCUUAAUACAUUAGUGGUAACUGGUUUAAAAAACAAAGACUGUAAGCCUGUGUGUGCCACUGUUUGCUUCAACAGUAUAUCCUACUAACAAGCCUCACCUAUUUAAUCCAAUGAGUUUUAAAUCUAAAUCUCAUUCCCUUCUUCUUUCCCUACCUUUUUUUUCUUUUUUUCUUAAAAAAAUAUUUUGUGUUAUUAACAGAAAUUCAUAUUUGGUGUGGCUUAACAGUAUUUCAGAAGGUCAUCAGAUUGUGAGACUGCUUCCUUGAAACAUUUUUGUGCUAUUGUUUUAAAAAAAUAACAAUUAAAAAACAGUUGGCGUUAAUAAAAAUGUCAAUGUGAAA